AUGUUAAUUGUACAUUUACUAGUUAUUCUAGUUCUACCCAUAUUUUGUCGUAGUCAAAUAAACGUUAUAACUACCGGCGUUAUAGAGUAUGAAGAAACCGAUAUGGCAAUAACUUUAUAUAUAACUAUAGAAAAUUUAUAUCAAGACAAUUUCGACAUUAAUCUUAGAAUGGUACACUGCCAUAGUUUACAAGGUGACGCCGUUGGUUUUGAUUCAUCCGAAAAUGAUACCAGACCCAUAUAUCUGAUCGGAGGCGAUAUGGGUACUUUGCAUUCAAAAAACGCUCGUAAUGUUACGUUGAUAUACCCCACAAUGUAUUUCCGCGGUGUUGGUGGUACUUGCACCGUAGCUAUCAAGUAUCAAAGCAAAAGUAAGGCCAACGAAAUGACGACGGAAGUUAAUUUUAAGGCUAGGCCAUUAAAAAAGGACUGCGAUGAAGAGCAGGCGAAAACCAAAGAAAUUUCCCAAUGCAAAACCGAGGAUUUAGACCCCGACAGAGAUUGCAACCCAGUGGACUGUAUGAUGAAAUACGGCGGAGAAAAAAAUUACUUCAAGUAUGCCGCUCAUUUAUGUCAGGAUGUUCCUUUUUGCAUCAUCACCGAGCGUACGCCAGACAUAAUCUACCAGAUCAACAGCAAUGCCUGCAGAAACAUGAAUAGCUAUGUGUCAACGGAAGAUCUUAAGAAACUUGAGAAGAACGAUGCGUCCGCUUGCAGUUGUGUUUACAUGGCGAAUUCCAUUUGCCACCAUGGCGAUGUGAAGAAAGAAUCUGGGACAUGCGAGUGCAAUCCUGAGUGGACGACAACAUCGGAUCCAGAUGAAAUAUACCAACCAACUUUACAGCAGUACCAUGCUUGCAACGUGGAAGUGAACUCGUGGAAUAGCGUCAACAAAAGCAAAGUCAAAACAACAAUUCUAUUAAUAUGCAUUUUUGUCAUAACGGUGGCCUCAAAGUUGGUGAUACUCAUGUGCCUCCUAACGUGGUGCAUAAAAUGGAUCAAGCAACCUUUCAGGAAGAAGCGGCGCGAUGAAGAAUCCGUUCUGAAUUGCCUCUGUAAGCCGCCGUGCCCAUGCAAACCGAAUAAUAAAUUGGUGGUGGUCGAAGAAAAAGAAAAAUCUUCCAAACUAAGUCUAAAGUCGAAAACUACGUCGGAAAGCAGUGUUGCUUAUAAUUGCGAAAAGUGCAAAUCCCAUCAUUGCAAGUGCAACUUGUGCGAGCAUAUAGACAAAUUAAUAGAUAAAAUGAUAAAAAAGAGCGACUCCGAGGAAGGCAUAGGGCCAUGCGGAAAAGCUCAGUGCGAUUGUGAUGUUCUUAGUUCUUCAAGAAAAAGUUCCAAAUCGUCUCCGAAAAACUACCCAAGCAGCAGAGAGGAAGAGGAAGAGGAUGAAGAGGAUGAAGACAUGGAAGAAGAAACAACGGAAGAUGAAGAUUACGAAAUCGAAUUCUCCGAAGGGCAAAGUGAUGAAGACGAUGAAACUCAUCUAUCCCUAAUAAAAGAGGACGAAGAGGAAGACAAGCAACAUUAAUUUAUUUUUAUAAGACUAUAUUUUACUAGUUUUUAAAUGCUAUAAAAAUAAAAAAAUAUUUAUUAAUAUUUCUAUUGACUUUGCAAGGCAUGUACCCCUAUAAUUUUAUCUCCUGGUCUUCCUCGUUUGAUCACGUGUGGUAUGGAUUUUGGCACCAUUCUAAAAAAUACACAAAUCAAUAAAAGAAAUAUUAAGAGAGUUACUAUUUACGUUAUGCAAUCAAUAAUUGGACAGACAGAAAGACACAUGGUGCAACCAGUGCAAUCGUCUGUAACGCAUGGUAUGUGAGUUUCGGCAUCAAAAGUUAUCGCUUGGUAACCAGAGUCGUUGCAAGCCAUGUAGCAUUUUCCACAGUUUAUGCACAUAUCCUAAAAGUAAAAAAUAUAUAAAACCUUUACAAAAUUGACUUAAUAUUGCUUACAUCAUCUAUCAAGGCCACUACUUGUUUGGUGUUGUCCAAUUUCUUAUAUGCUCCAAUUUGAGGCAGCGAUCUUCCAAUAACAUCUUUAAUACUUGGAGCAUUUCCUGUACUUGCAGCUUCAAAACCAUUAGUGUAUCCACAAGUUUUACCGUCGUGGUGCAUCAAAGAUUCUUCGGAAACCUUAUUUUCCCUAUGGAGUUUUUCAAGUUGUUGCUCUCGUUGUUUUUGGUAA